AUGGUCGGGGCUAACUCUGUCCCCCGUCCCAACGUCCCCCCAGCCCCUAGCUGCCUGGUGACCCAUGUGGUUGGUUCCCAGGUCACAGUGCAUGUGACUGAUGAGGACACGACCCCAGAGGAGAUGGAUGUCCCUGAAGCAUUAUGGGAAUCUCAGAGCACCCAGCUGGAGCCACCGCAGCCCCAUCCCGCAUGGGGAUCCUUGGAGGAGGCAGCACUGAGGAAGUACGAGCUGCCAGGCGCCCCUGGAAAGGAGCCCGGAGUUGGAAGAGAAAUGGGUGCUGGAAUCCUGAGCCGGGCUGAACAGCAGCCUCGCAAAGAAGGGCCUGAAACGGUGCUGCCCCCCAGCGUAUCACAGAGUGGCUCAGGAGACAGCAUUACUCACAGACCUGAGCAGGGAGGAGCCUGCAAGAGGCAGAAGAAGAUCCCAGCAGGGAAGGAGCCAGGCCUCACAGAGGAACAUGACAGCAGAUUCAGGAAACUAACCCAGCUCUUUGCGCAGGGGAGACCUCAGACCACAGGGGAUUUUCACCACGAGCAACAUCAUACAUGUCGAGACUGUGGGGAAAGCUUCAGGGAAAAGCAGGAGCUCAUGGCUCAUGGCAAGGUCCAUGAGAGAGAGAGACGCUAUCCCUGCUCUGAAUGUGGAAAGAGAUUCAGCUGUCCAGCACAUCUCAAAACCCACCAGAGAAGCCACACGCGCGAGAAGCCCUACUCGUGUGGAGAGUGUGGCAGACUCUUUGGCUAUCUCUACACGCUGACUACGCACCAGAGAACUCACACGGGGGAGGGCUUGUUCCCCUGCGACGAGUGCGGGAAAACCUUCACCAGCCCCUCGGACCUCAACAAGCACCAGCGCUCCCACACGGGCGAGCGGCCCUACCCCUGCGCCAAGUGCGGGAAGCGCUUCAAUCGGCUCUCCAACCUGAAGAUGCACCACAGGACUCACACGCAGGAGAGGCCCUAUCCCUGCGCCGAGUGCGGGAGACGCUUUGGCCACCUCUCCACGCUCGUGAGGCACCGGAGAGCCCACACAGGGCAGAGACCCUUCCCCUGUGCUGAGUGUGGCAAGACCUUCACCACCAGGACAGGGCUGAGCAAGCACCAGAGAAUCCACACAGGCGAGCGGCCCUACCCCUGUGGGGAGUGUGGAAAACGCUUCGGCUACCUCUGCGCUCUGACCACACACCAGCGGCUGCACACGGGGGAGAGACCCUUCUCCUGUGCUGAGUGUGGGAAAACCUUCACCAGCCCCGCAGACCUGACCAAGCACCAGCGCUCCCACAUGGGUGAGCGGCCCUACUCCUGCGCCGAGUGCGGGAAGCGCUUCAGCCAGCUCCCCAACCUGACGAUGCACCACAGGACUCACACACAGGAGAAGCCCUACCCCUGCACCGAGUGCGGGAAGAGCUUCAAGUACCUGGCUUACCUCGCCAUUCACGAGCGCUCCCACACCGGGGAACGGCCCUUCCCCUGCGCCGAGUGCGGGAAGAGCUUCAGCAACAAACUGACCCAUCUCAAAACCCACCAGAGAACCCACACGGGAGAGAAACCCUAUUUCUGUGCCGAAUGUGGGAAGAACUUCGGCCACCUCUCCACGCUCAUUACACACCAGAGACUGCACACAGGGGAGAGACCCUACUCCUGUGACGAGUGCGGGAAAACUUUCACCAACCCCUCGGACCUCAACAAGCACCAGCGCUCCCACACGGGCGAGCGGCCCUACCCCUGCGCCGAGUGCGGGAAGCGCUUCAGCCAGCUCUCCAACCUGACGAUGCACCAGAGGACUCACACACAGGAGAAGCCCUACCCCUGUGCCGAGUGCGGGAAGAGCUUCAAGUACCUGGCUUACCUCGCCAUUCACGAGCGCUCCCACACCGGGGAACGGCCCUUCCCCUGCGCCGAGUGCGGGAAGAGCUUCAGUAACAAAUCCUCUUUGGCCCGUCACCUGAGAAUCCAUGCCAGAGAAAGACCCUAUCCCUGUCCUGAAUGUGGGAAGAGCUUCAACAGACUGACCCAUCUCCGAACCCACCAGAGAACCCACACGGGAGUGAAACCUUACUCCUGUGGGGAGUGUGGGAAAAGCUUCGGCCACCUCUCCACACUGACCACGCACCAGAGACUGCACACAGGGGAGAGACCCUACUCCUGUGCUGAGUGUGGGAAAACCUUCACCAACCCCUCGGACCUCAACAAGCACCAGCGCUCCCACACGGGCGAGCGGCCCUACCCCUGCGCCGAGUGCGGGAAGCGCUUCAGCCAGCAAUCAAAUCUGACAAUGCACCAAAGAAGCCACACCGAGGAUAGACCGUACCCCUGUACCGAGUGCGGGAAGAGCUUCAAGUACCUCGCUGAUCUCACCGUGCAUGAGCGCUCCCACACGGGCGAGCGGCCCUUCCCCUGCCCUGAGUGUGGGAAGAGCUUCAGUAACAAAUCCUCUCUGGCUCGUCACCAGAGAAUCCACGCCAGAGCCGCAGCCAGAAACAAAUAUGGAGAUCAGUUGGAUCCUGUGAAUGUAGGACAACAAAAAUCCAGCACUGAGCAACGGGAGAAGAUCCCCCAGCAUUGGGAAAAUCAAAAUCAGGACAUGCUGCGAGCCCCCUGGACCUCUCCUGAGGCUGUACCGGCAUCAGCCUGGGCCUGGGGAAACCCAGAACUGCCUGAGCUCACACCAGAGGAUGACAUCGAGGUCUAUCUGGCUUCCUUCGAGCGAGUGGCUGAAGCCUGCCACUGGCCCAGAAGAGAGUGGGUGACCCGACUCCUGCCAUCCCUCACUGGAAAAGCCCAACAGGCCAUUAGCAGCCUGGAUGCCAGAGAUGCCCGAGACUACGGGAAGGUGAAGGCAGCCAUCCUGCGAGGCUGCAACGUCAGCACGGAGAUGCAGCGCCUUCACUUCAGGCAGUUCCGCUACCAGGAGGCCAAAGGGCCCCGAGAGGUCUGCAGCCGCCUGCGGGAACUCUCCUGUCAAUGGCUGAAGCCGGAGAUCCGCACCAAGGAGCAGAUCAUGGAGCUGCUGAUCCUGGAGCAGUUCCUGACCAUCCUGCCUGAGGAAAUCCAGAGCUGGGUCUGGGUACAUCACCCGGAAACCUGUGCCCAGGCUGUGUCCCUGGCAGAGGAUUUCCAGCUGGGACAGCGAGAGGCUGGAGUGUGGGAGCAGCAGGUCACAGUGCGCGUAAAGGUUGAGGAAAUGGAGACCCCUGAAGCAUUAUGGGAAUCUCAGAACUCCCAGCUGGAGCAACUGCAACCCAGUCACAAGUGCGUCUCCCCAGAGGAGGUUGGACAAAACAAAUCCAAGUUGCCCUGUGCCGGGGGGAAUCAAGCACUACAGGAAACUGGUGCCGGGAUCCUGAGCAGAACUGAGGAGCAGCCUCGUGACGAAGGGCCUGAAAACCUGCUGCUGCCCAGCGUACCAGAAAGGGGAUCAGGGGAGAGUGUUACCCACAAAUGUGAGCAGGGAGGAGCCUGCAAGAGGCAGAAGAGGAGCCCAGCACACGAGACAGAUCCCCCAGGGGAACGUGAGAGCAGAUUCAGGAGACUAACCCAGCUCCCUGCACCAGGGAGACCUCGGACCAUAGGGGACCAUUACCGUCAAAGCAAUUUUCUCAGGACAGAGAAACCCCACAGAUGUAGAGACUGUGGGGAAAGGUUCUGGGAAAAGCAAAAGCUUACAGAGCAUGGCAAAGUCCACAGGAGUGAGAGGCCUCAUCCUUGUGCUGAAUGUGGGAAGAGCUUCAAUCGCCUAGCUCAUCUCAAGACACACCAGAGAACCCACACAGGAGAGAAACCCUAUUUCUGUGCAGAGUGUGGGAAACGCUUUGGCCACCUCUCCACACUGACCACUCACCAGAGAUUGCACACAGGGGAGAGACCCUACUCCUGUGCUGAGUGCGGGAAAACCUUCACUCACCCCUCAGACUUGAAUAAGCACCAGCGCUCCCACACAGGUGAGCGGCCCUACCCCUGUGCUGAGUGUGGGAAGCGCUUCAGCCAGCUCUCCAACCUGACUAAACACCAAAGAAGCCACACCGAGGAGCGGCCUUACCCAUGCACUGAGUGUGGGAAGAGCUUCAAGUACCUCGCUGAUCUCACCGUGCACGAGCGCUCCCACACGGGCGAGCGGCCCUUCCCAUGCCCUGAGUGUGGGAAGAGCUUCAGUAACAAAUCCUCUCUGGCCCGUCACCAGAGAAUCCACACCAGAGCCGCAGCCAGAAACAAGUGAGACCAUGUUUAGACUAUAGACUAACCAAGAGCUCCGCUCCUGUUAGCCUAUAUGUGCGAUUGGAGCAGAAGAACAUG